AUGGCUGCAGAACUAAUAGAAGAAGAUUUACUCUCUGCUUCUCUUGAGGUUUUGUUUGAAAAGAUGGCUUCUGGGGAUGUCUAUGAAUUCAUCCGGAGAAUAAAACUCGAAGAUUGUUUGCUCAAGAAGUUGAAGAAUAAGCUGCUGUCAGCUAACUCAGUGCUGAAUGAUGGCGAGGAGAAGCAAAUAAAAAACAAAGCCGUGAGGGAGUGGCUUGCUGUCGCUGAGCUCGAGGAAGCAAUCUAUGAUGCAGAGGACUCAGUGGAUGAGAUCCACAGUGAAGCUUUGCGAUGGAAGAUUGAUGGUGAAUCUGGAAGCAGCUCACAUCAGGUGUUCAAAACACAACUACACGAAGAACACCUUGCAACUUCUUUAGUAGAAGAAUCUGGUGUGUAUGGCAGAAUAAAUGAAAAUAGAAUAAAAUUAUUUUCCAAGAAAGUGACAUUAACUGUGCAUGAUUAUUUUUAUUAUAAAAAUAGCAGCAAAUCCAACUCUCGCGAUCUCAUCAAGUGGCGGUGGAAGCCCACGCUGUGUGAUCUCCCUCCCUUCGAUCCGGCGUCGUUUUUGCAGAAGUACAGUGACAAAAGCAUUGGGUUUGUUGGUGAUUCCUUGAAUAGGAAUAUGUUUGUUUCGCUUUUCUGCUCUCUAAGAAGCGUCUCGAAUGAGGUGAAGAAAUGGCGACCGGCAGGAGCUGAUCGUGGGUUUACGUUUCUUCAGUAUAAUCUCACCAUUGCAUAUCAUCGAACUAACCUUUUGGCGCGAUAUGGUAGGUGGUCAGCUAAUACCAAUGGUGGUGGUUUGGAAUCUAUUGGGUAUAAAGAGGGUUAUAGAGUUGAUGUUGACAUCCUGGAAGGCACAUGGGCGGAUGCUCCUAGGUUUCAUGACAUUCUAAUCUGAAACACAGGACACUGGUGAUGGGCUCCCUCAAAAUUUGACCCAGUAAAUUCACCCAUGCUUUUCUUUGAAAAUGGUCAGCCUGUGAUUCCUCCAAUAUCCCCUGAAGUGGGCCUUGACAUUGUUUUAAAGCACAUGGUAUCAUUUAUUGAGAAGAGAAUGCGCCCUGGUUUGAUCAAGUUCUUCCGUACACAAUCACCUAGACAUUUUGAAGGAGGUGACUGGAGCCAAGGUGGUUCUUGUCAACAGUUGGAACCUUUGUCGCCAGAGCAGGUUGAAGAACUCUUCUCGCUGAAGAAUAAUGGAACAAAUGUUGAAGCACGUUUGGUAAAUCAGCACUUGUUUAAGGCUCUUAAGGGAUCUGAUUUUCGUAUUUUGGAUAUUACCCGUAUGAGUGAGUUCAGAGCAGAUGCACAUCCAUCUACAGCUGGAGGGAAGAAGCAUGAUGAUUGUAUGCAUCGGUGUUUACCAGGAAUUACUGAUACUUGGAAUGACUUGUUCAUAGAGCAUCUAAAUAAAAUUAAGGUACAGAUGUAUACAGGUUGGCAUUAACUUUGACUCUACAAGUCCACUCUAUUCUACUUUAUCUAGUUUCGAGGCAUUUUCAGUAAAAAGGCAAAAUUACAAACUCGGAGUUAUGACGGUGCAAU